UUCAUUCAGAUGUUUUUAUCUUUAUACCAGUCAGUCCUGUGGUGCAGUGUCUCGCCUCUGCCGCAGGGGGCGCUCUAAGAACACACGCAGUGAUGCUGUGCAGUGAAGAAGAAGAGGAGUCAGGAGCCAUAAUAAACAGUCUUGAUAACAGGAGGAGGAUCCGGUGUCCCGUCGUGUUGUGACGUGUCUCCGCAGGGACGUCCGGGCGCUGGCUGCUAGCUCCUAGCUGCUAGCUGCUAGCUGUUAGCGGCUCCAGGAGCGUGUUUCCUCCCGGUUCCUCUCACAUGUCCCCGGUCUCCGGUCUCCGGUCUCGCCCGCAGACAUGGAGAGUUUGUACAAGAGGAAAAUGUUCGCGUCGAUGCGGAAAACCAAAGUGGACGCGUCGAAGAAGCGUCAGAUCGGCCUGCCCGCCUCCAUCCUGGACGACAGUGACGAAGGCUCCUUCUCCUCCGCCUCCUCCUCCUCCUGCUCCUCCGGAUCCGAGUCCGACUUCCAGAGCUCCCCAGAGGAGGGCAGCGAGCAGAGCCGCCGGGACCGGAGCGAGUCCGGGGCGAGCUCCAGCGACCACAGCCGCUCAGUGACCCGCAGGAAGCGCUCGUUCCUGGGAGGCGACGACAGCUCCUCGUCCUCCAGCCCCGAGGAGGAGGAGGAGCAGAAGAAGAAGAAGGAGGACAGGAGCCAGCCGAAGAGGACGGUGCAGCCCAGGAAGAGGAGCAGGCUGCAGCGGCAGGACGAGUCCGACUCCGACCAUGUGGAGGAGAAGCGGAGAGUGGAGGAGAAGCGGAGAGAGGAGGAGAAGGUGAGAGAGGAGGAGAAGCUGAAGAGGAGGCAGAGACACAACAAGCUGCUGGCGCUGUCCCGGAGGGUGAAGGCCCGGGUCCCCAACCGGAGGAGGACCCGUGUGAAGCAGGGUGACACUGAUGAAGACGAGGAUGAGUCCCCUGGUGAUGAACAUCAGGACGGAGGAGAAAACAGCAGCAAGAAAGAGUUGACAGGAGGUAAAGAAGGAGGCAGGGAGGAGAAGAAGAGGAAACGGGAAGAACAGCAGGAUGAGAACGAGGAGGAAGAAGAGGAAGAACAGCAGGAUGAGAACGAGGAGGAAGAAGAGGAAGAACAGCAGGAUGAGAACGAGGAAGAGGAGGAGAACAAGGGAAAGAAGUAGAUCCACAGAGUCCUGGAGAAAGAAAGAGUUUGAAUGUGAAGGACUCAGAAACUGUAGUGAUCUGAAAAUGGAUCAUAAUUCUUUUUUUCUUCCUCAGAAUGUCGGAGCACUAAGAAUUGUUGUUUUAUGGUCAUAGCUUGUUCCUAUAGCCACGGACACGGGAUCUGAUUAGCUCAGUGGACGAUGAAGAGGAGACGCUCUUCAUCUCUGAUCUACUGACACAUGUCCAGCCAGAACUUUUUAACUUAAAGCAACGUGAUGUAACAGUUACUGAGCCACAGCGCCCCCUGCAGCCAUACAUGCUUCACUCUGUCUCUGAUGUCUCAUGUAAGAAGUCUCAGUGUGUUGACUCGGAGUCGUCCCACUGAACUGAACCCCCGCUGCACACUGGUUUCACUGGUUUCACUGGUUUCACCCACCACUCCCCAUCUCCUCCUGCUGACUUUUCUUUUACUGAUGAAGAGAAAGUCGUUAAUAGACUGUUUCCGUGACAACAAAAGGAGAGACAUCAAACAAGUCCCAGAGUGCAUUGCAGAACAAAACGUCCAAUCAGAAAGCUUUGCAGCUCUGAUGUCACAGGCUGCAGAUGGACAGUGGCCGCUGAGGCUUGUGGGAGCUGUAGUAUUCAGAGACAGUCAAUCUACCCAGAGUUCAGAUGCUGCUCAGUUUUCUUUUCUUCAUUUGAACGACAGAUUGAAUUGAGCGGUUUCCUGCUGCUGGGUCACAUCAGCAGAGGAUUCAAACCCUCUGAUCAACACGUCAUCUUGUACACUCGCCUUUCCUCCAUGAUAGUUUAAAACCAGCAGAGUGUCUGUGUGUUUCAGGAGCUUUGUCCAUCGCUGCUUUAAGUUAUAUGAAUGAGAAUGAAGUGGAUAUGUUUUGGACUGUUGGUCUAAGACAAAGAUAUUCUGACAUUUCAUAUUCUAGAAGAUUAAUAUAAACAUAUUGGAUGUGUCUGAGAUACUAAAACUCUACAGGAGUUUGACCUCAGCUCAAACCUUUGUAAAAUUGUGUGUUGUAAAGAAAAAGAAUGAAGACCUGCGAUGUGGUUGAAAGAUCAACUGCAUUAAAGAGCAGAAAGAAAUAAUCUUUAGACCCAUAUUGAUCCAAAUCUCUCUUUUUAUCUUCAUCACUGAACACACACAGCUGAGAGGAACUAAACAAGACUCAGACUGUAAAAGAAACCAUACGAGUGCUUUUUUUAAUUAAAUUGGUCAAAGCGUUUUAGUGAAUGUUCGUUUGUCACAAGAACACAUUGUGUGUUCCUUGUGAAGUUCAACAUUCUCUUUGAACUCGUAUCAUUUCUUUUACGUUACAGUGACGCAUCAUGUGCUCAUGUACAAACUCACCCAAAGCUUGGUCUUUCUUCCCUCCCCUCUUUCCUGCUCCUCUUUAAUCUGACCUUCAUCCCUCCCUCCUCAGUCUGUAGCUGUUUCCCCAAGGGCGAGCUCACCAGGUCCUUAAAGAGCAGGAGGAAGCUGCAGGUUCCAGGGACUGAGCCUCAGGGCUUUGAAGACUCGCUGCAGUUUGUUUCACAGAAUCAUGAUGACUCGCGUAUGUAUCAUGGUUACAUAUCAGUGCUGUGUAUUUCCCAGUGUAUCCUGGACUUGUUACUGUGUAAUGCUCUUCAGACCAAACCUGCUCUGUUGAAAACAUCAGUUUUAUUAAUAAAGUUUCCUUCUUUAAAAGGUUA